AUGGCGCUCGGAAAAUUUGGUCCAGAAGCUCUCAAGCAGCUUAAAACACGCAUUGUCAUUUCCAAAAGCGAUCCAGAUAAAAACGAAAAAGCAAAUAAACGACUUACUGGUACCAUGAGGUGGUUCGCCGCCUUUACGACUAUUUCCCUGUGUCUUGCCGGCUGGGCAGCUUUGGUUACGUUUGUCGUCAUGUUACCCUCGGAUGAUCAUGAUCCCAAAUGGACUGUGUGGAUGAGCGUAAUUAUUUCUGCUAUAAUUUUUAUAUUAGUUCUAUUUUGUAUAUCCAUGUGCGUAGAACGUUGUUUAAAAGCUAUGGGGUUGAAUGAAGACGUUUGCAGCAUUGCGGUAGCUUACGCUAUUGCUGCUUCCCAUGUCGUCUUUUCGCAUAUAAUUCUCGCUGACCUUUACAAAAAUUGGUAUGGAAUUCCACCUGAUGUGUAUCAGAAAGUAACAGCAAUCAUAUUCGCUAUUGGAAUAAACAUAGAAUUUUUUGAAAUAUUAGAGUCUUG